AUGAAACGAGUCAAAUGCUGCACAUCUUGUCGUCGACGACAUCGGAAAUGCGUCACUCAACCUGGCGCAUCUCAAUGCGGUGCUUGUCUAGAGUCGGGUAACGAGUGUCGGUUUGAGAAUGACAUUCGCUUCAAGAAUACCCAGCCAAAAGGUGCAGAGGGGGAAUGGGCGACGGUGCCUAAGAGAAUCUCAUUUACGACGCCGCGAGGUAUCAAGGGAAAGUUGUCUCAAGAUUCAGAUUCAGAUGGUUCCCAGGCACAUGGAGCCCAGCCUCAGUCAACGACAUCACAGUCAAGGGAGAUUACAAUGGCUGAGGUUUCAAUGAGCUUGCAACAUUACCCAGUCCCUCAAGAAUCUGAAAACCUUUAUCCUUUCGAUGCAGUUCCAAACAACGCUUAUGCCCUACCGCUUCAAGAUAUCCGUACCCAGGAGACAUAUGGGCUCACGGAACGACAGGCCUUUUUAUUCAUGAUUUACGUCCAAAAGCUAGCCCCUCUGUCCGACGCAUGUGAUGAUGCCCGCCACUUCACCCUCGAAGUCCCCCGUCUGGCCCUCCAACAGCCAAUGAUCAUGAACGGCCUACUCGCUAUCGCAAGCCGUUACGAUAGUGCAGACAACGAUCUAGAGAGUACAUUCUAUCACAGCCAAUGUAUAGAACUGCUUAUUGAAGCUUUUGCCGAACCGUCAGAGACUUGGAACACGACACUUCUCGUCGCGGUGGUGAUGGCGCGUCUGUACGAGGAGAACGACAAUGAAGACUCGUAUUACCACCAUCUAAGCGGGACGCAGAAUUUGCUGAACCAUCAGGUUAUCUCACGUUUUGUGAUGCAGGGCGGUCUGGCAGAAGCUGCAAGCUGGGUACAUCUCCGACAGGCAAUAUACGUUUACGUAGCGCGCAGAACACCGUUGGAAAUAUGCCUCGAGAACUUUGAGCGAUCAACGGUUUUCAGAAGAUACGACGAUUCUGCUUAUGCUAAUCGAGCGGUGUAUAUCUUUGCUAAGAUUAUGAAACUAUUCCUAUCGAGUGGUUCGUUGGAUAUCGAAGCGUGGGAGGCGAUUGAGAUUGAGAUUGAUGGAUGGUAUGAAGGCAGACCAACGUCUUUCAAGCCAAUAUACUACAAGGAGGGGGACAUGUAUAGUGAGAGGCCAUUUCCGGUUAUAUCAUUUGCUGCGUCGGUGCCUGUGGUUGCCAUGCAGCAUCAUUACGCGGCCAAGGCUGUUCUAUGUUUGAAUAGACGCAAAACCGUGGGACAAGAUACCAUAUCAUUGGAUGCAGAGAUUUCCGCAUAUCUCUGCACACUCAUGGGUCUUGCCUUGUCGAACGAGCAUACGGGGAACGCAUUCUAUCUACCUGCACACAUGCUGUCACUCUGUGGACAUUUCAUUCUCAAUCCUUGUGUACGCACACAUACCGUACGGUAUCUCAGGAAGGUGGAUGAAGCUAUCAGGUGGAAAACGAGUUUGCUUGUUGAGAAUUUGCAGACAAAAUGGGAUCAGGAGGAUCUAAUGAGUAUUUUGUCAUAG